UUAUUUUUGCCAUAAUUUGCUCCCCACGUCUUUCUUCUUGUUCCUGUUUCCGGUUAUGGAAGUCUGCUAAAAAGACAUUUCAACACACCUGCGCUCGAAAAUAGGAGGUAUUCAAGUGGAGAGAAAAGGCAGCGAUCUAAGAGUAAAAUAAGAGAAGAUGCCGGUAGCUGUAGGUCCAUACGGCCAGACCCAGCCAAGCUGCUUUGAUCGGGUCAAAAUGGGCUUCAUGAUGGGGUUUGCAGUAGGAAUGGCUGCAGGCGCCAUGUUUGGUACCUUCUCCUGUCUCAGGAUCGGCAUGCGGGGCAGGGAGCUGAUGGGAGGAGUUGGGAAAACCAUGAUGCAGAGCGGAGGGACAUUCGGCACCUUCAUGGCCAUCGGCAUGGGCAUCCGCUGCUGAGGACAACCAUAACCUCCUCUUUGUUCCUUAAACAACCGUACAGCCAUGGGACUUCUCAAACAACCCUAAUCACAGCUCUCUGCCGUCAUUUUCCCGACCCAGUCUAGUUUUGUCAAUAAAGGUUCUGGUUUGUCAAAUGCC